GAGCUACAGGAUUACAUAAUAUGACAGGGAGGGACCCUGAGUUGAGGGACACGCCUAAUUUGUUUGUACCCCUUCCAAUUGCCAACUUAAAGUGACCAUGAAUCAUCACCACUGAAAUUUAGCAACCGUCGAUCCCCCCUACCACUCAACCAAAAAAUUCAUUAAUGACCCAUGCUCCUUCCCUUCCUUGCCAUGGAUCCAUACGCUGAGCGCACUCCAUCACUCACUAGCUCUGAUUCUUCAAGAUCUAGCACUUCAAGUGAUCCCAUUUCCAUGGAUCCACCAGUCCUCUCAAACAGAGACAGGGCUCUUCCUUCAAUACCCCGUGAAUUGUCUCAAAAAUCAUACCACAUGCCUCCAAGGGAAAGUCUUAUACACCAGAAUGACUCACUGAGGUCGGCCAGAAGGCCGACCCUCGUUCAUCGUCCACCGCAGCCUGCUUCAUCCUUGGCCAAAUCGUUGGCAUGGAAGAGAAUGCACCGUGCGGCCGUCCGUUCCCUCAAGCAGCCACAUGUUCUCGCGCGCUUAUUACAAUUCAUACAAUGGGCUGAUUUUUACGUCCUGUUAUCAACUUGCGCUGAUAUGAGGCAUCUCUGGGAUAAUCAUGAUUUUAGAGAUGUCAUACUAUCCCAUUUUGUCCCGGGCUACAACUACGCUCUUAGGCAUCGCGACCUCUCCAAGUAUCAAGACUUGGACAUAUCCCUUCAAGACCUUGACCUCUUGCUUAUCUCGCAGCGCGUUCCCCCCCAUCAAUACCCUGUUCACGCACUCAGGAGCAUAUCGAGCCUACCACCCAGCCGAGAUUAUGAUGCAACUGCCGCAAAAUUAACCCAUAAACUCGCCAUUCUCUGUCUCACACACUCGCGAUUCGUACUGCUUCUUCAGUCCUUUGUCCAUAGUUCUCCUCUCCCCCUACCUAUCGAUGAUGACUCCCAUUUUCAACCCCCACGGUUUCCUUCAGUAUCCCCCACACUGCCUCAUGGCCUCCGCGAGCUCACAUUUCCUGCCCCUCUGUCAUUCAUAUCUGGCGCAUCCGAAAAGGCUCCGCCUAGCGCUUAUUCUUCAGGUACUGGAUCAGAUUGGAGGCGGUCCGCCAGUCAUCCCCGUGACCGAGUAAUUAACAAACAGCUAUCGCACGAUCCCAUGCCAAGGAACCGAGACCCUUCAAAACCCAGGACUUCUGUUGACUUUGAUCCUUCAAUCAGUCAAAGAAGACAGAGGAAGCUUUCCAUAUUUGGCGCGAGAAACCCUCCGCCCCCUCCACUCUCGGAGCCCCGGUCUCUCAAAUACUACGACGCCAGAUGGCGGCGCACUAUCACUGGCAUGCCAUCCCAAGCGCCUGCGCCGCUGGGCGCGUAUGCGAAUAAUCGGAAUUUUAUGUCAGAAGAUGACAUCAGAAAGACUGUAAUGCGUACCCACCGACGUACAGGAUCCAGUGGGAUGUCCAGUGCUUCAUCUUCGGCUAGUGGCAGUCCAUCCCCACCAUUCUCUCGCAGAGGGGCACACGACGCUUUUGGCCUUUCCACUGGCUCUCCACACGAGCUUCACACGGCAACUUCACGAACUAGGGCGCCCGUGCUGCGCGUAUUCGUACCUUGCACAGACCUCAUCCCCGCAGCAAUCUCAUCAUGCGAACAACAGCUAAUCGACAACGGCCUCUGGGAACACCUCUCAACUGGGGAUAUCGUCUGCAACUUCGGCUACGUCCCUGCGGCUCCUGAAUCGGACGAGAUGUCGUCAUCACAAGAAUCCGACAGAAGCGCACCACGCAAGUCAUGGCUGCUUUACAACGGCUACUCGCUUAUUCCCUUCGUCCCUCCUGCGCCCCCGCCCGUUGAUGACCCACUCAGCCUUCCAUCACCGCUGUACUAUUCACAUAUCAUGCCCUCGCACGUUCACCCCCUAUUUGCGUUUGCACCUCCAGGUGGCGGUGGCGUCCCUGAGCUCAAUCUAGUACAAACAACAGAACGCGUCCGGUCGCCACAGUCCCGCGGAGGAUGGGCCUCAGCGAAGAAGUACAUGUGGGUCGCGCGUGCACGUGUAGGGAUGGGCUUCGUCGAUAUUGACGAUGGACUUGGCGAAGGGUGGCGAGGUGAAUGGGUCCUCGAGACGGAGGGCACGCGCGAGGGGCGGCAAACGCUUGUAGAUUGUCUCUCAGGGGAUGCAGGCGAGGUUUUCGUGUGGGAGUUUGUGAGGGAAAAGAGCGGCGGUGGGCGAAUAUGGCUAAAGCUUGUAAGACCACUACAACCUCCUUCGGACUCGUUAAUGGACCUUCAUAUGUUACGAUCUUGAGGACUUCAUUGCUGUUUAGAGAACAGUUUUACUUCUACUGCAUUUGCCAUUUACAUCAUUACUACGCCGGACCCUGCAUUAAUAUUGACUCUACUUCUGUACUGACUUUUUUCACGGCGCUCAUUGGUUGGAUAUUUAUCGACUAUAUGUAACUGUCAUGGAUCAGCUGUCACACCUACUCCUGCUUAUCUGGGUACCAUACCGACCACACUUUCAAAUUUUCAAUGCUGCGGAACGUUUUUCAAUCAAGACUCG